AUGGCUGAGUUAGACAAGCUCGCCAUUCGUGGCAUGCGUUCUUUCGACUCACAUGAAGUAAAUAUCAUCCAGUUUUUCAAGCCACUCACUGUGAUCGUGGGCCAUAAUGGAAGUGGGAAGACCACCAUAGUUGAAUGCCUCAAGUACGCGGUGGCUGGCGAUCUGCCGCCAAAUACUAAGGGUGGCGGAUUCAUUCAUGAUCCUUACGUACGUCCAAAAUACAAGCUAACUUUAUAG